AUGAUGUGGAAGGAGAAGAUACAGCCAAUCCUGCUUGCCAGUUGGCUUAACUACUAUGCUCUGCUUGUGCGUUAUGCAUGCAGGAAAAAUAUUCAUGCUGCUUACCAGCACAACACAUACCAAGCUCCCCUCAGAAGAAAACAGGUUAAUGACGACUCAAGCCAACCCAAAUACUCGCUGAAACAUCUUCUUAUUUGUGGACCCUUCAUAUUAGUCAAGUUCAAGGCCUCCAUGGACCCUACAAUUACCGCGCUACCCAGAUUACAUGCCUCAGCCCCAAACUCUACUCCACAAGAGAACGGAACGAACUUGGUAGGGUGGGUCGACGAGUCACCGAACCGCGGUACACAAAAACUAAUAAGCUCUUGCUGCUUUACCAUCUUCAUCUGUACUUGGGUUGUCAUACACCCACGGGUAUGCAAUCGAAAGUCCGUUGCCUUUUUGCACAAGCUAGCUUUAUUUCUCAAAUCCAUCAUGGCACCUGAAUUAAUUGCCGUCGAAGGAUUGCAGGAAUGGAGCCAAUCAAGGAAGAUGGUCCGGAAUUGCGAAAAGUAUACAGAAAAGGAAUUCAAACUGGUUCAUGCAUUCUAUAUUAGUAUGCUUGGUCUUAGAUAUCGCACCGAGCGCGGCGACAAAGUGAUAUGGCCAAACCAAUUUGAGUGGUUGCUGGAAAAUGGCCACAUGGAAUGGAGAUUCCACAAAAGCUGGGGCCUAGAUGAGAGUGAUAUCAAGGACAAAAGCAGUGCAGAUGGAACUGUAAAAAUGGCAGCACUCAUCCAGGCAGCUUGGUUCGUUGUACAGGCAAUUGUACGAGCAGCCCAUAACCUUCCUCUAGCCCAACUGGAAUCGAUGAGCCUCAGCUACAUCCCGCUAUUUAUUAUCACAUAUUUUUUUUGGUGGAAUAAACCGAGGGAUAUCCACUCACCCUCCGUUAUCAACUUGCCUCAAAUGACAGCCGAGGAGCUCAGUACAUUUGAGAAAAUGUCCAUCAGCAACUUGUUUGAUAAUGAGGGUACAGUUGAGCAAACAUCGUACUGGAACGUAUGGGCGCUAACCCCACGAGUGUUUGAGAAGGAAGCAGAAGACAAAGCGCUGGAGGUAGAAAAGGCCGCAUAUGAAGCUUUCAUCCAAGCCCAAUACGGCAAAGAGCCUACUGGAAAAGAAAACCUUCGAAGAGACGACAACGACCCGGAACUUGGCAAUUAUGGCUUCGGUGAUACACGAGCAAGCAGGUCUUGCGCCUCCCUUCCACUAGCAUUUCAGCCCAAGCCGAGAGAUAUUGUGGUAGCACAUUGGGACCCCGACCUAUACGGCUCCAAAAUCUGGCCAUUGGCAUGUCUAUUUGGAGCCUCGUUUGGCGCAUUACAUCUAAUAUCGUGGCAUGGAACUUUCCCUUCAAUAGCAGAACUGUGGCUAUGGCGUGCAUCCGGGCUGGCAUCAAUCGGUUCACUUUUGGUAUUCAUGCAUUUUCCAAAGGUUGUCUUUCGAUGGGGUGGGCCCCUAACCAUUAUAAGCCUCGUAUCCCCGGCAGUGUACUUUCUCAGCCGGAUUGCGAUGAUAGGUGGAGUAUUUGCAGCGCUAAGGGCAUCCGAUCCGAGGAUCUAUGACACAUAUGCAAUAUUAAAUUACUGGAUACAUCUUCUUUAG